AUGCUUGCUAUUAUUCUAGUCCCUCUCGCACUUGCAGGCUUGUUGUACAUUGUCUUAGUGACUGGCAGACGAGCCAAAAAUCUUCCUCCAGGACCUCCAACCCUGCCUGUCCUCGGGAACCUUCACCAAAUCCCCAGGAAAGGCUCUUACUUGAAGUUUACCGAAUGGGCCAAGCAGUAUGGCGGUCUUUACUCCCUCAAAUUAGGUACAGGGACGGCAGUCGUUAUCACCGAUGGGCGCAUCAUCAAAGAACUCGUCGACAAGAAGAGCGCCAAGUACAGUAACAGGCCUGUUUCAUACGUCUCUCACGAUCUCAUGACAUCGGGCGACCAUCUCCUAGUCAUGCAAUAUGGACAGCAGUGGCGAACUUUCCGAAAAUUGAUCCACCAGUACUUCAGAGAGGCCAUGGUCGAAAAGGAACAUGUUGAGGUUCAGAAUGCCGAGGCCGUACAAAUGCUGCGUGAUAUGUGUGUACGCCCGGACCAGCAUAUGCGUCAUCCUAAGCGAUAUAGUAACAGCAUUAUCAUGAGUCUUGUCUUCGGCUUUCGGACACCAUCAGUGGAGACCCCUCAUAUGACGCGCCUUUAUGAUAUGAUGGAGAACUGGUCUCAAUUAAUGGAACCUGGCGCAACUCCACCCGUUGAUAUUUAUCCAUUCCUUCACUAUGUCCCACAAAAGCUUUUCGGCAACUGGGUAUCCAGAUCGAAGAAUGUCGGUGAUGAAAUGAACGAAUUGUACGCCGGCGUACUCGACCGUGUCCGAGAGCGGCGACGAUCGAAUAAAAAGCGGGACUGUCUGAUGGACUCUCUGCUCGACGAAGAGGACAAACUGAAUCUUACUCGCCACCAGCUCUACUUCUUAGGUGGUGUUUUGAUGGAAGGUGGCUCUGAUACCUCAAGCUCUAUUAUCGUUGCUUUCAUUCAUGCUAUGACCAAAUGGGGCCAUGUCUUACGGAAGGCGCAAGAAGAGAUUGAUACGGUUGUAGGUGAAGAUCGCACGCCUGUCUGGUCAGACUAUGCCCAGUUGCCCUAUGUUGCAACCAUCGUGAAAGAAGCCCAGAGGUGGAGACCUGUCGUUCCUCUCGCAUUUCCCCACGCUGCUGCCGAAGAUGAUUGGAUCGAUGGUUACCUUAUUCCAAAAGACACGGUAGUCAUCAUCAACGGAUGGGGUAUGCACCACGACGAGAAGCGUUUCCCAAAUCCCGAAAUCUUCGAUCCCGAUCACUACAAAGGUCAAACCACGCUCGCCCCCGAGCUCGCAGCUGCAGCAGACUACGAGAGCCGCGAUCACUACGGUUAUGGCUCUGGACGGCGGAUUUGCCCUGGAAUUCACCUGGCGGAACGAAACCUGUUCCUGGCAAUCGCCAAGUUGAUAUGGGCAUUCUCCAUUGGGCCUGCCUUGGAUGAGAAUGGUCAACCAGUUCAGUACGACUACAGCCCAGAGACUGGUUACAGCGAGGGUUUCUUAGUUUGUGCGAAGGACUUCCCUUGCGUGAUCAAGCCGAGAUCAGAGGCACGGCGUGCGACAAUAAUGAAGGAAUUUGAAGUAGCUCAGAGAGAUGUGUUUUCGCGAUUUGAUGUCUGA